GUAGGACAAAGGCAAAAGCAGCCUUUCGGAGAUCUCAAGAGACUGACCCCUCGAUGUUUACGAAGAAGUUUUUAACCUCUCUUUCUCUUCAAAACCAACUCAUCUUCUUCACCCUUCACUUCUAUUUCUUCUGUCUACUCUAAUCUUUGUCUGUUGGAUUGGAAAAUAUAAAGAGAGUUUUUUUUUUUUUCGUGGAUGGCGACUUUGUCUUCUUCAUCAGCUCAUUGUCCAUCUUAUGCCUAUCAUCGUUUAUCAUCUUCUUCAUCAAAUGGGCAGCAUCAACGUGUUGGCUUCACUUCUUCGUUGCCCCAACGGGCUAAGAUAUCUCUUCAAUGUUUGAAAAAUUCCCAUCAAAAUGUAGUUCUCAUGCAAGAUGGUCCAGUGGCCACAACAGCAACCCCCCUUGGAAAUGAAACCCCUUUCAAGGAAUCAAAAGGUGGAUUGUUGUCGGGUACAUCUUUAGAGGAAUGUAAAGAUGCAGUCGGUUUCGAUAGCAAUGAAAAUGAGCCCUCUGUUAGUAUUACUGUUGUUGGAGCCUCUGGAGACCUUGCCAAGAAGAAGAUAUUUCCUGCACUUUUCGCACUUUAUUAUGAGGACUGUCUUCCUAAGCACUUUACUAUAUACGGUUAUGCUCGGAGUAAAAUGAGUGAUGCAGAACUCAGAACCAUGGUUAGCAGGACCCUCACUUGCAGAAUUGAUAAGAGAGAGAACUGUGAUGAAAAGAUGGAGCAAUUUCUUAAAAGAUGUUUCUACCAUUCUGGUCAGUAUGAUUCUGAGGAAAAUUUUGCUGAGCUUGACAAGAAGCUGAAAAAACAUGAGGGUGGGAGGGUUUCUAAUCGCCUCUUUUAUCUGUCCAUCCCUCCAAAUAUAUUCAUAGAUGCUGUUAAGUGUGCAAGCUUGUCAGCAUCAUCUGGUAAUGGCUGGACAAGAGUCAUUGUUGAGAAACCCUUUGGUCGAGAUUCAGAAUCCUCAGCAGCAUUGACAAAAGCCCUCAAGAACUACCUAGAUGAGGAUCAAAUAUUUAGGAUAGAUCAUUAUCUGGGAAAGGAGCUAGUAGAAAACUUAUCUGUUCUCCGCUUCUCCAACCUCAUUUUCGAACCAUUAUGGUCAAGGCAGUAUAUUAGGAAUGUACAGUUAAUAUUCUCUGAAGAUUUUGGCACUGAAGGACGUGGAGGGUACUUUGACAAUUAUGGGAUAAUAAGAGAUAUAAUGCAAAACCAUCUGCUUCAAAUUCUUGCCCUGUUUGCCAUGGAAACUCCUGUCAGUUUGGAUGCAGAAGAUAUCAGAAAUGAAAAGGUCAAAGUUUUACGUUCUAUGAGACCUUUACAACUUGAAGACAUGGUUGUGGGGCAAUAUAAGAGCCAUACAAAAGGAGGAGUUACUUACCCUGCUUACACCGAUGACAAGACUGUGCCAAAGGACAGCUUGACUCCAACUUUUGCGGCAGCUGCCCUCUUCAUAGACAAUGCAAGAUGGGAUGGGGUGCCUUUUCUCAUGAAAGCUGGCAAGGCAUUGCAUUCUAAGAGGGCAGAGAUAAGGGUGCAGUUUAGGCAUGUGCCUGGCAAUUUAUAUAACCGAAAUUUUGGAACAGAUCUUGAUCGAGCUACAAAUGAACUUGUUAUACGUGUGCAGCCCGAUGAGGCUAUUUACUUGAAGAUCAAUAACAAGAUCCCUGGUCUGGGAAUGAGAUUGGACCGUAGUAAUCUAAACCUUCACUAUGCAGCUAGAUAUUCAAAGGAGAUUCCAGAUGCAUAUGAGAGGCUUCUACUGGAUGCUAUUGAAGGGGAAAGGAGGCUGUUUAUCCGAAGUGAUGAACUAAAUGCUGCUUGGGCUCUCUUCACUCCUCUUCUCAAAGAACUAGAAGAGAAAAAGAUUAUCCCGGAGUACUAUCCUUAUGGAAGUCGGGGACCUGUUGGAGCUCACUACCUUGCAGCCAGAUAUAAAGUUAGAUGGGGCGACCUCAAUGUAGAGCAAUAACUGCUAUCAGAGAGACGUUAUGCAAGCAGAAAAGCUUACUGAUAGAUAUUAUUGUAUUCGGGUGCAUCAAGUUUGCAUUAUCCAUGGUAUGGUAGUGGAUGAAGAUAGCUCUUAUUAGAAACAGGCAGGUCAGGUUUGUAAAGCAAAUAGAGAGGUCAAAUCAAGGAAGAGCAGGACCCUUUCUUUUGCGAGAUUUGUUUUUUUUUUCUUUUCCACAUAUGAUCUGCCUUUUUAAUAUUUUCUUGGUUCUUCCCAGAGUUGAAAGGGAAAUAGAUAAGAGUUCUUAAUGUUGGUUAUAAACA